GGCCAGAACAAUUCGAAGUACAUUAUUUCACUCUACUAUAGAAAGAGAAUCGCAAUACAUAACUACGCUAUCUCUUCAAAGAACUUUCAAGAUAUCGUUCAGUGAUUUUGUCUAAACCCGAGAACAAUUUGAAACCUGUGACUUAACCAUUGAUAUCUAUUCAAAAUGGGUGCUGUUGUGUCCUGUAUCCAAAGCGUCUUCCACGCCAUCGGUGCCUGUCUCAUGGGCAUCGUCAAUACCAUCGGCUCCGUCUGCAAAGCAAUCAUAGACGGCGUCGUCACCCUCUUAGACGUGAUCAUCUCCUGUCUGACCUGCGGCUACUGUGGACGGCGGAGGAGAGGAACAACGCGGACACGGCGGUCCAGGAUCUAAGUUGUGAACCGCGGCGCGCGAUGAGUUACGAUGGAUACGCAUGAUGUUUCGCCUUUGGUUUCUAUCGGCUUUUGUGUUUUCAGUUCUAUUCCCCACAAGUGUAUUAUAACAAUGCAAUCUUAAUAGAAGCGCAUGCUGAUUAAACAUUUUAUCAUAUAUG